CGUUAAAACUGUGGCAUCUACAUGUAUAUGUUCAGGAUUAUUUGCCUUUUUAUAAUUCAGCCCAACAAGCAUGUAAAAUCCAAAGUACACGUUAUCCUACUUUGACUUUUUAAAAUAGAAUGAAGUUUAAGAAAAACAGUGAAACCUGACUUUGGGGGAAUUUCCUCGCAUCUAGGGAAAUUUUGGGGGUUUUGUGCCAUUCCCCCAAAAUUUUCUGUAGCGGUUUCCCCUAAAUAGAGAGAUUGGGUUAUAGACAACCUUUAAAGGUUUUAGCUCAAUGGAGCGACAAUAAAGCGACUUUAAAAUAGCUCACCUACCUAAUAGGGCCUAAAAUGACUAUAGGUCAGUGCAAGGAAUUAGGAUUGGAAGUCAGGGUUUCCAUCACGAACUGGCAACAGUGAAAAUGUCAAAAUCCUAUUCAACUAAAGUCCAUUAACAGUCGUCUUUAACCUCAUUGGUCUUCCCGUGAAUUGUUGUCUAUCCUGAAGAACGUCUGAAUUCUGUAGCUCUCGAAAAGUCACUACGACAUACGGCCGAUAGUUAGCUACGGUACUUGUGUAAAACAGUUAAAUGUCGUUUUCGACUCAAUAAGUUAAUCAGUUCAAUGAAAUUAGGUUCCACUGCUGGUUUUAUCCAUUAGUCUAAUUACUUCGUACUGAGUGCCCGUAGUCGACAUCCAGACAAAAUCUAAUUGUAAUUGACUUCAGCUCAUCUUUUUAAAGGCUGUAUUGACGAAAAGUAAUAUAUCAAACAUUCUCCUGACCUAGUGACACCUCAAUUUAAGUACCCUGCUUAUUAUCAUGGACAAUCUAACAAAACUCCGAAUGACGCUUUUUUAAAGGCAGUUUCACUUGGCUGAUUAACGUAAGGUUUGGUGAUCUGUCUUCCUUUUUGUACCGUAUUAUUCCUGGCCUAGACCUCUUUUCAAGGAUACUGAUGGAGAGGUUUUUUUCGUAACCACUUUUAGCUUGCUCAUCUCACUACAGGUAUUCAUGUAUUAUUCAUGUUUUUAUAUUGUUCAGACAGGAGAAUGCUUUUUUUUGAUAGUCACUUACGCAAUCAUAUUAAGAAGUGACUGAAGUAAAGUUAAUGUAUGUGUGAGUAGAAUUUACCGAAUCCACUAUUUGUUGACAAAUAUGAUAGUUUAAUAGCUUCUCAAUUAUACCUGUCUUCAAUUGAAAAUCACUGUACUGAGCCCUCUCCUAUCGCUUUAAAAAGUGUGUUAAUUUAGAGAAUCAGUAGUAAAAUAAAAACCACACAACAAUAAUCCUUUUCGGGUUUAUAAAACAACAAAAUAAGCGAGAAAUAAGUUGAAAUAUUUCAUGAAUUCGGACUAAGCCAAAUGAACCUAAACACCAUAUUCACACUCAUCAUGGCUCAUCCUAUAUAACAUGUAUAUUGCGGCAAAACGAGUGUUUCUAGUUUUUCAGUGUUUUUCCAUUUUAAGAACCUUGUCGUCAGUCGUUUCACUAAGUUCUAUUUCUUACUAGUACUGCUGCUUUUAAACGUCUGAGGACAUUUAUUUAUCCCAAUUAGUCCUUGGCCAACCGUCAAUGACCAACAAAAAAUUUCGGUAAAGUCAUGAGUUCCAUUCGGGUCAUUCCUUUGGGCGCUGGGCAAGAUGUUGGUAGAAGUUGCAUUCUUGUCACUUUGGGUGGCAAAAAUAUUAUGUUCGAUUGCGGAAUGCACAUGGGCUAUAACGACGAUAGAAAAUUUCCUGACUUCACUUACAUUACCGACAAAGGGAGUCUCAAUGAUUACCUGGAUUGUGUGAUUAUUAGUCAUUUCCAUCUCGAUCACUGUGGAGCUCUUCCCUAUAUGACCGAAGUAAUAGGCUACGAUGGUCCAAUCUAUAUGACUCAUCCUACCAAGGCAAUUUGCCCAAUACUUUUGGAAGAUUAUCGUAAAAUCAAUGUUGAGAGAAGAGGAGAUCAAAACUUUUUCACUUCUGAUAUGAUAUAUCGGUGUAUGACGAAAGUUAGGUGUGUGUAUAUACAUCAAACAGUCAAAGUAGAUGAUGAUCUCGAAAUACAGGCAUUUUAUGCUGGUCACGUUCUGGGAGCAGCAAUGUUUCUUGUACGUGUAGGAACAAAUUCUGUCCUGUAUACCGGCGAUUACAACAUGACACCUGAUAGACAUCUUGGUGCAGCUUGGGUUUCUCGUUGCCGUCCAGAUCUUCUCAUUACGGAAAGCACUUACGCAACCACGAUACGAGAUUCAAAACGUACAAGAGAACGGGAAUUUUUGGAAAAGAUUCAUGCUCGCGUUGAGGCUGGGGGUAAAGUAUUAAUCCCUGUCUUUGCCUUAGGUCGAGCUCAAGAACUUUGUAUAUUGCUUGAAACAUAUUGGGAAAGAAUGAAUAUUUCCGUACCAAUAUACUUCUCCAUGGGAAUGGCGGAAAAAGCUAAUGAGUAUUACAAGUUAUUUAUCUCGUGGACAAAUCAAAAAAUCAAGGAGACAUUUGUAAAACGAAAUAUGUUUGACUUUAAACAUAUAAAGCCUCUUGGGCAAGGAACAGUCGAUAAUCCAGGACCAAUGGUAGUCUUUGCCACACCAGGUAUGCUUCACGCUGGACAAUCCUUGCAUAUAUUUCGUAAAUGGGCUUCAGAUGAAAGAAAUAUGGUUGUAAUUCCAGGAUAUUGUGUUGCUGGAACUGUGGGUUAUAAGAUUUUAAAUGGAGUCAGGCGUCUUGAAUUCGAUAAACAAGUUUUAGAAGUUAAAAUGUCAGUUGAAUACUUAUCGUUCUCAGCUCAUGCAGAUGCUCGUGGUAUUAUGCAGUUGAUAUCUCAUUGUCAGCCUAAACAUGUGAUGCUGGUACAUGGAGAAGCAAUUAAGAUGGAUUUUUUAAAAUCAAAAAUUGAACAAGAGUUUGGAUUACCCUGUUCGAAACCUGCUAAUGGAGAGAUUGUACAUGUAGAAACGGAACAACAAUUCAUUGUAGAAGCUUCAAGAGAAUUUCUUAAUCAAUCGUAUUAUUCGGAUGAUCCAAAUGAGCCACUGAUUAAACGUCCUCGAUCUAUUCAGGGCGGAAUUCAAAUUGAGCCUGAUGAAACCCCUAAACUACUUGAUCGUGCCUCAGUUUUGGCUUCUUUAAGUUUGAAAGAGCAUGUAAUGCGAUUUACUUCGACGUAUGCAUUUUCUUCCUCUUCGAAUCUCACCACGAUUUUAGAUAAAUUUAUCAAACUAUGUUCAAAAUUACCCAUCGAUCCACCAAAAUUAGUGCGUAACCAAAUUCUAUUCAACGAUUCAGUGGUUGUGUCAGUUUGUGACCCUAUGUUGGAUGAAUUCGAUGAUGAAACUCGUGAAAGAUCAACAGCUCUACGUCGUACAGCUAACCUGCAAUCAAAGGAAUUCGUAUGUCAUGUAACCUAUAAUUUACAGGUAAAUUUUUUAGUCAUUUAACUUUAUUAAUAUGUUCACUAAAAUAUUAAACUCCAUUGUCCAAACAUGGCAGGAAAGUGUACGUAAGCUAUUGUGGUAACGUGUUUCUAGCCUAUUUUUCAAUAGAUAGUGAAGAUACCUUUUUUUGUAACAACCAAUAUUGAUUUGUAUAUGUUUGUUCAGUUUGAUGAUUGCUACCUCAAUCAUCGAUUGACAUCAGAACCAUUGAAAAAUAGAUAGUAAUAAGCAAGUGUCUUGUAGCACUUAAAAACUUUUUAAUAUGAAACAAAUGAAUUAUCGAAAAUCACACCCUUUACCUACCAAUUAAUUAAACCCUCAUCUGUGACAAAUGAUUAAGUAUUACAUUAUUUACUGUCUAUUUAUUAAAGUGAUGAUUCCUUAUUGGUGAAUCCAAUCUUUGUAAUUUCACCAAAUUUGUCAGUGUUCUUGAUAUCGACUUGGUGAUGUGAAAAUAAUUACUUACGAGAACUUGGAGAAGAAAUCCACGGGCUAUAAUAAUAAUAAUUAUUAUUAUCAUUAUCUGGUCACAGGCCCCUUCGAGGUAUUAUCGCCGUAUGUUGAGACUACCAAGCUAAGCUAUGUUUAAGUUAGACUCAGGGUACUAUCCAAAAAACUGCGAAUUUUCAUCAAAUGUAGUGGUUGGGGUAUGUUUUAUGUAUCCCAGAUCUCCACGUACCUUGACGCACAAUGUCGGCUGGUGUCGGAGUAGGUUGGAAGAAAGCUAACGAGAACCAAACCAAGGCAUGUCAUUAUUAGUCCAUUAUGUCAUUAACUGUGGCACUGAGCCGUGUUAGUAGCUAGUUAGGCUCUGUACAAUUAUCGUAACAACGGUUGAACACGUUAGAUCCAAUGGAUCAAAAUCAGAUACAAUUGUGUAGAUGGUUUCACUUUUUGUCUUUCAUUAGGAAUUUUAUUUUUAAAAUUAUUUUAUAUCUCUUAUUCAACGAAUUCAUUCAUUCUUUUCCAAAUAUAUUCUCUUUACUUGCUUAUAUAUAUGCCACUUCUACUUAUUUUGAUAAUUUGUUCUCAUUGUACUGAAAUAAUGGAACAAAUUAGACUGAUGUAUAUAUGUGUGUCAAAUUCUAUGUUUCUUACAAAUGACUGAAGUUAAGUAAAAUCAUUAUAUACAAAAUUUCAGUUAUAUUAUUAUCUUAAUUCAUUCAUACAUACCUUUUCAUAAUGGGUGAAACAUUGAACUCAAUCACAAUCGAUUAAUCACUGGAUGAUGAUCAAUGUCAUGUGUGUCAAGUCCUUCUUCGUGCAGAUCGAAUGCUAUCGACACGGGGUCGAAUCCAUCAGGGAGCACCAGUUCCCCCAAGAUUACAGGUACACCUUGCUGACGAGAGCCAAAUAGCACAAAUCCAGAUCCAGGGUUCUAUGUUGACUACUACCUCCAACCAUUAUCUUGAACUUAAUCUUUUCCUACUGUAUAGAUUUAUUUUCAAAAGAAAAAUAGAAAUUUUACUAUUCAAUUUUUGACUAAACAAAUUUUGUUUUCUUUUUAGAAUGAAAGUUUAGGAGAGCAACUUAUCAAAAUGUUUAAAAAACAAAUUGUUAAUGUUUAAGAUGAUCUUUAAGAAUAUUGUACAAAGUACUUCAUUAUUUUUGAAUAAUGAUUCUAAUGAAUUACAUCUUUAUCCAAUUAAAAAUAUAUAAACUUUAAAAGGAAACUAUGUUAAUUGUUUUAUAAAAUUUCAAAUAUACAUAAAAUUUAGUCGAUAUUAAAUUAAAUCCUUUAAUAAUAUUGUGAUGUAUGCUACUUACGCUGACAGAUAUAAGUAGUAGAUAGCACUAGUCGGAACUAGAAUCGCACUGAACAGAACAUGGGUGGGGACAACCGAGCGUACUUAGCACACAAUUACAGAGUUACUUAGUAAACUAGAAAAACCAUAUAGUAAAUCGUUAAUUUGCAAAAUAUCAAUCCAUCAUAUCAACCUGGACUGUUCCUGCUUCAAACAUCAAUCCAUUGUCUCAGAUUUCAUUGUUCAUGCGUUUUCUUACGAAUUGCAUUGUGUUUCCGCUCUUCCUUUCUUGAUAUUCCCCCAUCUUCUGCUGCCCGACAUUACGUUUUUAACUCGCGUCAUAUACUACUUAUAUCAAUAUAAGUAGCACACACUACUGAAUACCUGACAAUGAAUGAUUGAAAUGAAAAGAACAGAGAAAAAAUUGUAAUAGUAACAGAAUUUGAAGGAAUCAUGAAGCAUAUGCAAAAGACAAUUGAAGAAAGAUGCGCAAACAAUGUAUGAUUUUCAUAUUUUACCAAGGCAUUCUAAAACUACGCUACGCGUAGUCAU